UCUUUAUCUCUCUUUUAAGUAAUUUGUCGAAUUGAAGCAACAGGAAGUAUGCAAAGAUCAUCAAAUGAAGAACUUCCAGAUUGUUGCUAUCAAGAGAAUCAACCAAGCUUGAUCAAACCCAGCAGCCCCACCCCGAAUCACAUGCUUCAUCUCUCCAAUCUUGAUGAUCAAAAGUUUCUCAGAUUCUCCAUCAAAUACAUCUAUCUUUUCCAAAACUCUGUAACCAUCCAUCUCCUCAAACUCUCUCUCUCUAGGGUUCUUGUUGAUUACUACCCAUUAGCAGGAAGAUUGAAAACCCUACUCUCACCUCAUGAUGAUGAUGAUCAUGGUGAUGAUCAGAAGCUUCAAGUUGAUUGCAAUGGUGAAGGUGCUGUUUUUGCUGAAGCUUCCAUGGAUAUCACUGUUCAAGAGUUCCUUCAGAUUUCCCACAAACCAAACAAGUCUUGGAGGAAGCUGCUUUUUAGGGUUGAUGCUCGCACUUUUCUAGAUGCUCCUCCUCUUGUUAUUCAAGUGACAAAACUUCGUUGUGGAGGAAUGAUUGUGUGCACGUCCAUCAACCAUUGUUUAUGUGAUGGCAUUGGAACAUCUCAAUUCUUGCAUGAUUGGGCAUAUCUUACGACCAAACCAAUUGAUAGUAUCCCAAUAACACCGUUCCAUUCUCGACACAUGUUCAAGCCUAGGUCCCCUUCCUCACAUUUACCUUUACUACAUCCUGCAUUUACCAAAAACGUCCCUAACUCCACUGCCGAAGAUAGCUUUUCCGUUAACCGAUAUUUACAUUCUCAACCACUUGUUCCUGCAUCAUUGACCUACACCGCUUCUAACAUCAUGCGCCUUAAAAGUCAAUGUGUACCAUCAAUAAAAUGUACAACUUUUGAGGUCUUAGCAUCCCAUACAUGGCUUUCAUGGGUAAAGUCACUCAAUCUUGCACCAUCCCUCGAGGUGAAGCUCCUAUUUUCCAUGAAUAUUCGAAAUAGAGUGAACCCAAAAAUUCCAAAAGGAUAUUACGCAAACGGGUUUGUAUUGGCAUGUGCUAAGACAACUGUUAAAGGGUUGGUUAAUAGCAACUUGCACAAUGUCGUGAAAUUGGUGCAAGAAGCCAAGUUAGCCUUGACUGAUGACUGUGUCAAUAGUAUCUUAGAAAUGUUGGAGGACAAAAACAUAAAAACCGAUCUCACUGCAAGUUUAGUUAUAUCACAAUGGUCCAAACUAGGGUUAGAGGACUUGGAUUUCGGAGAAGGGAAGCCUUUGCAUAUGGGUCCUCUUACGAGUGACAUUUACUGUUUAUUUUUGCCCGUCAUAGGUCAUCCGAACGACAUUCGAGUGCUUGUGUCCUUGCCUAAAGGCCUAGUUAGCAAGUUUGAGUAUUACAUGAACCGUUUUCUUGAUUCAAAUAACGUAGAAGCAACCGGAAAUUGUGAGAAAUAAAAGUUUUGUUAUAACUUCAUUUUGAAUUUAGUGUUUAACUCUACGGAUGUGGCAACAUGUUAGAUUAACUUAAUUGUAAGACAUCAUUUAUAAAACAUGUCGAUUUUUGCU